AUGGUGAGUGAGUGGCUGGCUGCGCACCAGGAAUGGAGUGUCCACACUGCGCUGGCUCCCGGUCAAUUCGAAUUUAAUCGACAUCAUCGUCCAUCCCAGACCACCACCUCUAUCUUGCUUCUCCAUCGACCACGGUCCACGCCCCAAGACAAACCAAAAACAACAACCUCAUCCACCCUUCUCGUCGCUUCAGUCAGAUAUUACAAGAUGGCCGGGGGUAUGGAGAGAGCCAAGAAGGAGACGAUCAAGAUCGAAGCAGAAGAGCGCGAAUCAAAGUUCGGAUCCGUCUUCUCAGUCUCUGGCCCUGUCGUUGUUGCCGAACGUAUGGCAGGCGCUGCCAUGUACGAGUUAGUUCGUGUUGGACAUGACGAACUGAUCGGUGAGAUCAUCAGGAUCGAUGGCGAUAGAGCGACGAUCCAAGUCUAUGAGGAAACGAGUGGGAUGACCAUCGGUGAUCCUGUCCUUCGUACUGGGAAGCCCUUGAGUGUCGAGCUCGGUCCUGGUCUCAUGUCGAAUAUCUACGAUGGUAUCCAGCGACCAUUGAAAUCGAUCUCUGAGCUUUCGAAUUCAAUUUACAUUCCUCGUGGCAUCAACACCCAAGCACUCGACCGAUCCCGUCAAUGGGAAUUCACACCUACUAACUAUCAAGUGGGUGAUCAUCUCAGCGGUGGUGAUAUCUAUGGUACCGUCUACGAAAACUCCUUGGUCUCAGCCCACAAAAUCAUGCUCCCUCCUAGAGCAAUGGGUACCAUCACUCAUAUUGCCGAGAAAGGCACCUAUUCGGUUGACGAUGUCAUCUUAGAGACCGAGUUCGAAGGCAAAAAGACCACGCACACAAUGUGUCAACUAUGGCCUGUUCGAGCACCCAGACCUGUUGCCGAAAAGCUUACUGCUGACUAUCCGCUACUGACUGGCCAGCGGGUUCUCGACUCCCUUUUCCCGUGUGUCCAAGGUGGUACAACAGCGAUUCCUGGUGCUUUCGGCUGCGGAAAGACAGUGAUUUCGCAGGCUGUUUCCAAAUUCUCGAACUCCGAUAUCAUCAUCUACGUGGGUUGUGGAGAACGUGGUAAUGAGAUGGCGGAAGUUCUAAUGGAAUUUCCGGAGCUUACGAUGGAUUUUAAUGGAGUCGAAGAACCUAUCAUGAAACGUACCACGCUUGUCGCCAACACCUCCAACAUGCCUGUCGCCGCUCGAGAGGCUUCCAUCUAUACUGGAAUCACGCUUUCGGAGUACUACAGAGAUAUGGGUAUGAAUAUUGCGAUGAUGGCUGACUCUACCUCCCGUUGGGCUGAGGCACUUCGAGAAAUCUCGGGUCGACUGGCUGAGAUGCCCGCCGAUUCGGGUUAUCCUGCCUACCUGGGAACUAAGCUGGCUAGUUUUUACGAACGAGCUGGCAAAACUAAAUGUCUCGGGAAUCCAGAGCGAUUUGGGACGGUAUCGAUCAUUGGAGCUGUGUCACCGCCUGGUGGUGACUUUUCGGACCCCGUAACAUUCCAGACGUUGAAUAUCGUGCAAGUUUUCUGGGGAUUGGACAAGAAACUGGCGCAACGCAAGCAUUUCCCAUCGGUCAAUUGGAAUGUAUCUUAUUCAAAAUACGUGUCAGUUCUCCAGCCCUGGUAUGCGAAAACCGAACCCGAGUUCGUAAACUUCAGAAGCAAGGCGAAGGACGUGCUCCAAAAGGAAGAUGAGCUCGCUGAGAUCGUCCAGUUGGUUGGGAAAAGUGCGCUAGGAGAGGGCGACAAGGUUACAUUGGAUGUUGCCCGGCUUAUCAAAGACGAUUACUUGCAACAAAACGGGAUGAGUAGUUACGACCGGUACUGCCCAUUUUACAAAACCAAUGCGAUGCUCAAAAAUCUGAUGACUUACUACACCUGUGCCCAGAAGGCAGUCGAGUCUAACGUCGGCGGCAAGAAUCUUACUUGGGCCAAAGUUCGAGACGCGACGAGCGAAGAAUGGUAUCGCUUGAGUCAGAUGAAGUUCGAAGAUCCUAAAGAUGGUCAAGAGGCGCUGCUUCAAAGAUUCAAUCAGCUCUGCGACGAUAUUGUCAAAAAAUUCGAAAGCUUGGCCGAUUGA